GCCAGUAACCCUCCGGAGACCCUCCCCACCUGGCUUCCCACGUGAAUGGGAGGAGCCUCCGUCUUUCCCAGGCGCUGCGUCCUUCGGUGAGUCCCCCCCUCCCUCUUGGGGCAUUUGGGUUUCGGGGCGUCCGGAGGCCGCAGGGGAGGAGGGUGCAGAGACUGACAAAAGUCUGCUUGGCUUUCGGAUCCCGCCCGUCUCCCGGAUGUGGUGACACAGAUACCAGCACCUCUUCCCUUCUCAGGGCAGCAGAACCAGCGCGGAGCCUUCUCUGCCCGAUUUCCGUAUUUGGUGGGGGGUGGGAGGAGUCUUGAGCCCCCAGGAGAGGCCAAACCCCCAGGGAGGGGCUGCAGGUGGCUCAGUGGGUAGAACAGCUGCUUUGCCUGCAGAAGGUCCCAGGUUCAGUCUCAAAGGCAUCUCUAGGUUAGGCUGUGGGAGACUCCCUGCUGGAAACCCUGGAGAGCAGCUGCUGCCAGUCAGUGCAAACAGCACUGAGGUAGAUGGACCCCCAUGCUCUGACUCGGUAUAGGGAAGGAGCUCCGUGUCUUCCUCUGCUCUGUGCAAUGCCUCUUUCCUCCUUGGCUCCCGCUUUGAGAGAUCAUCCUGGUGCUUGACUUUCUAAGGGUUAGAAUGAACAGAAUAAAAUUCCUAGAGAGGAAAGAGAUAGGAGGGGGGGCUUCCAAGGAAAUGUGUCUCCUCCCGCUCCGUCCCUCCCUGCCUGGAGUUUCCCUUGCAGAAAAGCAGCUUCUCUCCCCCAAGUGCUGCUGCGUGGGUGGUCCCUUCUGGGGUCUGGUAAGCCCCCUCCUCUGUUGUGCAUUUGGGCCCCUGGGGAGGCUGCAGAGGAGGAAUGGCAAGGCAGGGGACCGAGGAGGGGGCUAGGAGACCCAUGUGGGGGGGAAGCUGCCCCAGAUUGCAGCCUCAGCUGGUGAAGGGAGAGAAAACACUGGAGGGCCCACGACAGAAAGGGAGAUCCUCACCCUUUAAGGAGGUGGCCUGUCUUCAACUGACCCUUUCAGGAUCCCCCAUCAUAACAUCCACCACCAGGGAGCAGAGCUUCCUUUUCCCCUCCUCUUAAAAGCUAGUCCUAGUUAGUGAGACGUGCAAACAAUGGGGGUAGACUGCUGGUGGAGGGAGAGGUGGUGUGUUUUUCUCAGGCUGACAAGUCUGCAUAAUAACAUGUGGAAAAGCAAGAAAAGAGAAGAAAAACUACUGGAGAUGCAACUACUGUGAUGCAGGAAUCUUUUGAGAUUGAAUAGAAAGUGCUACUGAAACUGGCAGUCAGAGGAACCAAACUCAGGAGACCCUGACUGAAAGAAAACAAACUUCUUGUAUUAAAAGAUCAAAGAUGGAACAGAAAGACUCAGCUGCCCCUGAAGCAGGACUUGGCCCUGAUGCCAUCAAGACUGGUACCUGUGUGGAGGAAUUCUGUGGGGGAAAUGUGCAGAAGAUCUUGAGGGAGAACCCCCUCAGCUCAGAUGUGCAGCGCCAGCAGUUCCGGCGUUUCCGCUACCAGGAGGCUGAGGGGCCCCGAGAGGCUUGCAGCCGACUCCACCUUCUUUGCCGUGAGUGGCUGAAGCCGGAGCGACACUCAAAGAACCAGAUCCUGGACCUGGUGAUCCUGGAGCAGUUCCUGGCUAUCCUGCCCCCAGAGAUGGAGAGCUGGGUGAGGGAGUGUGGAGCGGAGACCAGUUCCCAGGCGGUGGCCCUGGCAGAAGGUUUCCUCCUGAGCCGGGCAGAGGACGAGAAGCAGGAAGAGCAGCAGGAAAAGGAUCUCUUUGCGGAAAUAGGAACUGAUUUCCCUGAGGCAGAGAAGACUCCAUUGGACCCCAGGCAGAGGCUGCUGGGUGAUGGAACGAUGUCAGCAAGACCUAUUAAGCCAUCUCUUGUUUGUGUUGGAGGAGAAGCUGUUGCUGUCGCUCUGGAUCAGGGUCCCGUGUCCUUGGAGGAUGUGGCUGUUUAUUUCACGGAAGAGGAGUGGGCUCUGCUGGAUCCUGACCAGAGAUCUUUGCAUAAGGCUCUCAUGGAGGAGAUUUGUGGGACUCUGUUAUGUCUUGGUAAGGCCCACUGUUGGAUCCUAAUAUCUGUUUUGAAACUCAAUAUUCCUUCAUGGAGCGAACCUAAAUGUUCUGACGUAGUGCCACCUACUUCAUCUGGUAUUCUCACCCCUCUGCAAUUAACCUGGCAACAAGGGAGAGGACCUUCUCAGUGGUGGCCCCCUAAUUUUUGAAUUAUCUCCCUGACGAGGUGCACCUGGCGCCAACACUGUUAUCUUUUUGGCGCCUGGUCAAGACUUUCCUCCUC